GGAAAGAUAACUCCACUUAAGUAAACAGAUACUUUUGACAGGUAGAAAUAUUGCACCUGUUAACACCUUCUACACAAAAUGGCAUCAGCAAUCAGGACGACGAUAACAGACAUUAGGAAAGCACAUGAACGUUUGAAACCAUACAUUCACCAUACUCCAGUGUUCACUAGUUCUACCUUUGACAAGUUAAUUGGCAGAAAAGCAUUUUUUAAAGCUGAAAAUUUACAGAAAACUGGCUCUUUUAAAGCUAGAGGUGCAUUAAAUUCUGUGUUACUAUUAAAAGAAAAGAAUCCAGCAUUACCUGGUGUUGUAACCCACAGCAGUGGUAAUCAUGGACAAGGCUUAGCUUGGGCAGCUAAAACAGCUGGUGUUAAAUGCUGUGUUGUGGUUCCUAACAAUGCACCCAAAUCUAAGGCUGAAGCAAUAAAGGGUUAUGGUGCUGAACUUGUAUGGUGUGAACCUACUCCAAAGGACAGGGAGGAAACAUGUGCCAGAAUGGCCAAAGAGAAAGGAUUAGAAAUUGUUCCACCUUAUGACCAUUAUAAUGUGAUUGCAGGACAGGGCACUCUUGCUUUAGAAUUAAUGGAGCAGGUACCAGACUUAGAUGCUAUUCUGGUACCAAUAAGUGGUGGUGGUAUGAUUUCUGGGAUAGCUAUUGCUGCUAAAAGUGUCAAAGAAGAUGUUAAAGUGUUUGCAGUAGAGCCAGAAGGAAAGAUGGUUGAAUCAUGUCUUAAAGAGGGUAAAAGACUUUGGCCUAAUCCACCUAGAUUUUUAAGCACAAUAGCCGAUGGUAUUAGACUACAACAGUUGGGUCAUCUGACCUUCCCAAUAAUGUUAGAUCUGGUGGAGAAAGAUGUGUUCACAAUUAAAGAUGAAGAUAUGAAAGAAGGAAUGAAGUUCUCUUUCCAGCAUAUGAAGUUGGUUAUAGAAGCAGCUUCUGGGGCAGCAGUAGCUGCAGCGAUGUCCGACAAACUACGGAGCAUGGACCCUAGUAUAAAGAAUAUCGGUGUUAUAUUGUGUGGUGGUAAUGUAGACAUCAACAAAUUACCAUGGUACAGUCAAAGUUAAAGAUAUGAUACCAACGGACUGACAAAGAUUCAUGUUUAUUGUUACCAACCGACUGUCAAAGACAAAUGUUUAUUGUUACCAACCGACUGUCAAAGACAAAUGUUUAUUGUUACCAACCGACUGUCAAAGACAAAUGUUUAUUGUCAAGACCAUAAAUAUUGAAAUCCUUUUCAUUUAAGGUGGUACCCAACACCUUGACUUAUAUUAAUUUGGCUCGUUUAAUUUUCCUAAAAUUUUGACAAAAUGUUUACUUUGACCCUUUGACAAAAAUAUAAAAAUUUCAAAUAAUUUGAACCAACCACUUUAUCAGAAAAAUUUCACUGGUUAUAUUGCAGUUUGACAAACACUAAUUUUAAUCAUUGAGAAGCUUAAUAUUUCCUUAACAAUACAACGUGAUUAAAACGUUUAGUUGAUUUUUACAGAGUUAUCUCCCUGUAGUGUUAGGUACCACCUUAAUAUACUAUAACAGCAUUUAUUUUAUGAAAAUUUACAUAUUUUAUUUAAAAGGAUAAUGUUUACUGUUAAGACCACAUAUAUUGAUUUAAUAUACUGUUAUUAGCCAAGAUAUAUUAUUACAGCAUUUAUUUUAUAAAAAUUUACAUUUUUUAUUUUUAAAGAAUAAGUUUACCUAUAUAUUUUGUCAUAUAAUUUAAAAAAAAAACAGCUACCAUUCAUCUUUUUUAUGGAGCAUUUUUUUUUCCAAAAAAAUGUUUGAUUCUAAAUUUCUUGAAAAAAAUGUCAAUUUGUUUCAGAAGGGAAGUGAAAAAAUAGCUUGUUCCAAAUAAGAAUUUGUUGGCGGGGAAGGGGGAUACAAUGCUGACUUUCAAAAUUUGUAUUUGUAUAAUUGAAAAAAAUUAUUUGUUUUUGAUUAAAGUCAAAAAAAUUUGUUGUCCAGAAAAAAAAAAAAUGCAACCUACAAAAGAUUAUUGAUUGGGGCUGAAGUUGUUUAAUAUUACAGGAAUCGUAAUUUAUAUUUGUGUUAACAAGCCAUUAGUUUAAGCCAAAGUUAAUUCAUGUCCAUAAAAGUGGUCUGUAAAUUAAGAUUAAUAGGGUAGUUUUACUGAUACCUAUCAUUCAUGAUACUUAGUUAAAGCAAAGUUUUUCUGGUGUGUUAAUCGAACUUAAAGCAAAAUAUAUAUACGUGAUGCUAAAAUAAAAAGUAUAUGGAAUUUCAUUUUUUUCCCCUUAAAAUUUUGAUUAUAAAAAAUUAGGUCAAGAGAAGUAUUUUCAUAAAUAUAGAUUUCACCACUACAUCAAGUGUGAUAUGAUAUUUCUCCACUCGAGGCACUUGAAUUUUCAAAUUUUAAAUGCAAGGCCUGCCGAACUUUUUGAAUAUUUAAAAUUUAACUGUUGAGAGGGGAGAAGAAUUGUAUUGCACAAGAUUAGGGGGUGAAAUUGUUUUCUCCAAUGAUAUUUAGCCAAUAUGUCUACAAACUUUUUCACUGAUCUGCAAAAAAGAUGUGUUCUUUACAUGUGACGUCAUCAGGCAAGAACAACAAGAACAUUUGACGUCAUAAUUAAAUUUUGACUAAUAAAAAACCGAUAUCAAACUUACCACAUAUUGAUUAUAAAAAAAAAAUAAUCAAACUUUCAGUAAUAUAAAAAUAAUCAAACUUUCAGUAAUAUAAAAAUAAUCAAACUUUCAGUAAUAUAAAAAUAAUCAAACUUUCAGUAAUAUAAAAAAAAUCAAACUUUCAGUAAUAUAAAAAUAAUCAAACUUUCAGUAAUAUAAAAAUAAUCAAACUUUCAGUAAUAUAAAAAUAAUCAAACUGUCAGUAAUAUAAAAAUAAUCAAACUUUCAGUAAUAUAAAAUUAAUCAAACUUUCAGUAAAAGUAUAAAUCAUAUAAGAAUUAGAGAAAUGGUAUUUUACAAUCAAAAUAAAAUGUGCAAUAUAUAACAAAUAUUAUAUAUCUUGUUUAGAAAUGUUUUAAGUUACAACAUUUAUCAAGACUAGCAUAUGAUAGCAUUAUUCAAAUGACAGCAGGCAUAUGAUGUAAGCAUUGAGAUAUAUCUUUGUUUUCAUUGGAUUUAAGGGAUUUUCCCUGAGUUUGAUAUUGCUAUACUAUUUAUAUGUUAAAAACGGGUUCUUGUUAUUUGGGAUUUGGAUACAUGUAUAUGACUAAUAUAUGAAUGUGAAAUUCUUUGGCGGUUAAAAGGGUGGAGUUCCAUUUACUAUAUAAAGAAAUUGGUUGAGCUGAUAAUUCAUUUAAGGUGCUUAUAGUCACUACAACAAACAGUUUGCCUUUUAUUUGAAUAUGGAUCAUAUAGACUUUUUAAAAUAGAUAUAAGAAGAUCUGGUAUGAGUGCCAAUGAGACAACUCUCCAUCCAAGUCAAAAUUUAUAAAAGUAAACCAUUAUAGGUCAAAGUACGGUCUUCAACACGGAGCCUUGGCUCACACCGAACAGCAAGCUAUAAAGGGCCCCAAAAAUUACUUAUGUAAAACCAUUCAAACGGGAAAACCAAUGGUCUAAUCUAUAUAAAAGACGAGAAACGAGAAACACUUAUGAACCACAUCAACAAACAACAACUACUGAACAUCAGAUUCCUGAUAAGUUCAUUAACAUAUAAUGAUGUGUUGCACAAUUUGUUGUAUGAAAUGUCAAUUUGAAUAUUGUUAUUAAAUUAUGUUAGAUUAAUAUGUUAUUAUACAUUGUUUGCAAGAGAAAACAAAUAACUGGAGCAACCAAUAUUAUAUUAGAGUUUUGUCUUAUUUAUACUUAGGAAUUUAGUAAAGAAUUACUUUAAAUUCAGACAAACAUUCGGAGGGAGAAUUUAAUUACAGUUUAUAACUAUAGAUUAAAGAUACACUUCUCAGUAAAUUUUUUGAAACUUUUUUUGAAUUUUAUUAUGACAUUCAUAAUGUCCUUGGCAAGUUUCUGAAAUCUUUAAAUGAUUUCAAAGUUUCACAGAUCAGUAGUAUGAUUCUCAUAACAGUAUAGCAAUUUAAGAUUUUCAAUUUUUUUUUUAAGUUUAUUUUAAAAGAAAUGAAUAACUUAUUUUUAUAAGAAAUCUUUAUAAAUGAAAUGUGAAAUUGUUUUUUACAUCAAAUGGAUGUGUAUUGUAACCACUAAGCUAACCAAACCAAGCUCCAGCUUCCUGGGAAUUUUUCACAUUUUCCAGUAUCCCAAACAUAUAUAUUGAAUACUGAUAAUUAAAUUAUUUGAGGUUGUGUUCAUUAAGUCUUGUUUUAUUAUACAUGGUCAGUAUGAUGUCUUCAAUGUAAGAUAUUGUGAUAUUAUAGGAUAUUAUAUUGUUAUGGUGCUUUAAUUGUUAUAGAUUAACAUUGUUAAUUAUUUAUAUAAUUUUAUAUCUGAGAAUUACAUUUUAAUAAUAAAUAAUACAAUA